ACGGAACAGGCUGAUUCUCUCCGCGGGGGUAAAUACAUGCGCGCCACUUCUGUUGCAUGUCAAAUUCUGCGUGCUAUACAUCGACGGGCGCGUUUUGCCAAAGCCUACAACAACGGGGUGAAGAAAAAAAGUCAUGAAUUGGUGAUUGGGCGAAAGGAAGAAUUUUUAAUUUUUUCACGCGAUCGAUGGGUUCCCAAGGAAUUGCCAGAUGACCGCACGGAACAGACUAGGCGCGUGCGUGAACAUGCGUUUCGAGGUCGCAUCUGUAGAGCCAAGUUUGUUGCGCGUUUAGCCGCUGUUCUGAAGGAGCACUUUGAGCAACCCCUUAAACAGCCUUUCAGCGGCUAUUUAAGUAGCAUUUUGAGCAACCCUUUAAACAACAUUUUGACGGCCCUUUAAGCAACUUUUUCAAGUGGCAUUCUUAAUCUGCAAUAGGAAGCAUCUACCUUUUAAUGGCCCCCCCUAGUAGGGCAGUUUGCCGAGCCCCCCGCCAACUCUCGCCGGACCUUUUUUUCCCUUCUCGCGUGCGCUCCGAAACAUGGGGGAGGGACACUCAAAGAACACCCUGAACUACGGCUGCCUGAGCGAGGAAGAUGUAGAAAAAAUACGAAAGAAAUUUAACCUAAACAAAAAGGAAAUAAACGAGCGGGUCAGAACUCUGGAUUUUAUAUACGUGUACCCUCACAUCUUAAGACCCUACAUUGCGCUUGUACUUCCCUCCUUCCAUGAGGUGUUGAGAAAAACAAACAGGAAAAAUGAAAACAGAAUGAAUAAUUAUGGCGUGAAUUAUGCCCUUAAUAUCCUUUUCAACAAAAACAGUAAAAAAAUGAACAAUGAAAUAUCCCUGCAGGAUAUUAUAAAUAUACUGUCCUAUAUUCGUACCGUUAAAACGAGAGUCCUUGUGAGGAUUUUAUUUAGGACCUUUUUAAAAUACACAAUAUCGAAGAGCAACAAUCGGAGUGUUAAUAGCAAUAGUCAGUCGAGCAAGUUGAAAAAUGUCGAAGAGAACGAAGAGGGAGAUAAUGAAAACGGCAUGGAGAGGGUCUCCCUUAAGGAGGAUGAUAGUAAGAGUGAAACAAAAGGGGAUAACCCCCCCCCUUGCGCUUUUAAAAGUGGAAGGGGGAAAGAACCCAGUGAGGGAAUCUGCACAAAUGAGGAUGUGACCCAUGAGGAAGAGGGGGUAGACCAAGAUGGGGAGGGAGAUCCCCAAGGAGGGGGUACCUCCUACAUGGGGAAUAAUCUCCCAAAUGAGGAAAAUGAUGCUGAUUCGGAUGCCGAUGAUGGGGAUACCCCUGGGGAGGGAGACCCAGGGGGGAGAGACAGAAACUCCUUCGAGUUCGUCUUCUCAGAUUCAAAUGUGAACAUAAUAAAUAAAAAUAAAAAAAAAGAAAGAAAUUACAAAUUUAUUAAAGACAAUAUAUUUUUUCUGGACAAACAUAAACUAAAAAAUCAGUACCCAAGAAACUACAUCAUGAAGGAUUUGAUAUCCGUGGAGGAAGCCAUGCACCACCUGUUCACCUACAUGUAUAUUGAGCAACUCUACAUACUGUGCUCAAAUAACAUUCUUUUUAAGCGAACAAAUAGGAACCCCACACCUGAACAAAAAAAAAACGGCUUCUUAAAACACUCGGCAACGAGUGCCUAUGAUGAUACAGCAGCGAUGAAUCGAAAAAACAGUUGGGAUAUGGCCUACUUCUUUAACGAACUGUUUUAUUCUCUCGAAGCUAAUUUAGACUUCCGAAAUAUUAUCACCGGGUUUAGGCUUUUCGUAAACUCGAUCGAUAAUAACAAGCACUCCAUAUAUUCGCUCGCCAUUGAGUACAUCAGCUCGACGUUCACCGUUUUGAGUGGAAACUAUGCCAGCGCGACGUUUAAGCAUUUUAUGGAGAGCGAAAGUGUCCUAUCGGGCGAGGCCGGGGGGAAGGGGGGCGCACCAAACGGGGCCAACGGGGCAAACGGAGCAGCCGGGGCAGCCGAACCACAUGACGACAAACGAGAAGACGAAUUCGAAAACUUGAACGACAUGUGCAUCAACAGCAUAGAACUGAUACACACGAUAUACACCAACAUGAAAAAGAGCGAAAUAAAAAAAAAAAAAGAAAAAAGUGAGCAGGAUGAAAAAAGAAGCAAGCUCAUUGAGGACAAGUACGAAAAGUCAUCUUCCAUAGUGGAAAUUCAAAAUGCAACAAACGGAUGGAGAGGAUUAUUUUUAAACAAAACAAGUAAAAUAUUAACAGACGAAAUCGUUUUCACCUUGCGACAGUGCUCCCCUUGCUUCAUGAACAACGCAUGGUUUAGACUCUAUGCCUCAUGGAAACAAGGCACAAGCUUCAACCGAUUUAUUAGUUCCCUUUUCUAUUACGAAUCCCCAGUAGUUAUCGUUAUCAAGACAAAGGAUAAUCAAAUUUUGGGAGCUGUCUGUACUACCCCCUUGAAAGAUUCUCACCUCUUCCAGGGGUCAUCUAACGAUUUCUUAUUUUCUGCUCAUCCCGUUUUUAGAAUUAUAAGGUCCAACCAGUUUGGCACAAAUUACGUCUACUUAAAUAGCAAAAAUUCGUUUUAUCCUAAGGGACUAGGGUUUGGAGGAAGAACCGAGUGCUUCCGACUAUUUCUGAGUGACGAAUUUAAGGACUCCUACUGUACGCAGUCCGAUUACACAUAUAAAAGUGGCCACCUGUAUUUUCCCCACCACCAGAGGGAGAGGCGUGCCAGUCGAAACGGCAAUAAUAAGGAGAGUAGUAACAACAAUGCUGCCUCCCCCAGUGGUAGCAAUUCUCGAAAUGUGGGUUACACACAUCCGGCGUAUGAAGACGAGGAUGAAGAUGAUGAUGAUGAUGAUAUCGCGGACAGAUUCCUUUACAAGCUGGCCAUCAAUGAGGUGGAAGCUUGGGGAUGCGGUGAUGAGAGGGCACUCGAACAACAGGCCAUCAUGCAGCAGAAGGAGGAGGCCUCUAAACAGGAGAGGUCCACUGAUAAGUCCAAAAUUGUGCAGAACAGUUUCGACAAGGAGUUUCUGCUGCCCAAGGUAUUCGUUGGCGGGAAGUACGAGGAGCUGUCCCCCGAUAAGUAG